AUUGCAAAAGGCUGCUACAUGAGUGAGGCAGCGAGAGGUGGAAAAGCACGAGAAUCAUUUGCGUCAGUGUGCUUGAAUACAUUUGAAGUCAGCCUAAUGUUUUUUGGAUUAUUUUUUGCCCAUUUGAACACAUGCAGACAGCUUGUGUAGAGAGAGUGAGUGUGUCUGUGUGUGAAUGAAGGAGAGAGUGCAUGUAGCGAGUGGUCCGUGGGCUGUGUAGGUAUUAAAGCUAGGAGUGAAUGAGCUGCCUGUGUUGUGCAUCCAGCCGCCUAUGCUUGGCAUGUCCUCCAUGUGGACCUGUGGGAACAUUCCCGAAGUGCACACACACACACACACAUACACGCACACGCACAGGGAGAAAGGGAACACUGUGUAUCCACUAAGGGCUCUCCCCAGUCCCUCCAGAGAGCACCGUUAUCAGGCUGCUGAUGAAGCUGCACUGUUGGGCACGACAGCGUUGCUAGUGCUCAGCUGACAACAUAGUGGAUAACACAACAACAGAUGAAUGCUUUUAGGGUCACACAAGUCCGAAGGGGUUCACAUUUUUAUUGACUUUCAUUAAGAAAGUGUUUGAAAAUUGUUCUCCUCUCUACAGUAGGAUGCUUUGAAUGUCCCUGUUUGCAUUUUUGAAGACAAUAAUAUUUAAAGACGAAUUGUCUGCAGUAAUGCAGCACUGGUAGUCAGAAUGUAGGUUUUUUAGUUUAGAGAAAAAGCACCAAUAUUUAUUUAUUUAAUUUUUUUGUGGUGAAAUUGUCAACUGGUCUGUGGUUCUUUCGCAUCCCAGUGUCUGGAUUUGGCUUUGAUUCUUCCUGAAAGAAUGGAAUAUCGGUGUAGUACCAAUUGAAAACUCCCAAACUAUUGAUUUUUUUCUUUCCUUUCUUGGUGUGCUCCUCUCAAAAAACAGUAGCUUCUGGGAGGGAGGCACCUCGCCUGCCGCCUUCUCGCGCUCUCUCACACACACUCUCUCUCUGUAGUCAGUGAGGAUACUGGAAGAUAAAUUUAGCCCUCCAGCUCUCCUUCCAUCUGCUACCACAUGGUUUAGGGCCGUUACCAUAGGAACCACCGCUGGGUGCCCAUUAGUGCGAGAACGGGAAAUUGACAAUAUUUUUUUUUAAAGCCAUUUAUACAAUAUUCUCUUUCUUUGUGUGGGUGAAUGGACAUGUCAUUUAAAUAGUUUCGUUUUUUUUUCCCUUUAUUUUCUCUAAUUUGGCAUGUUACGUUUCAGUAUCUCGUGAUUUUCGAGCAGUUUCUGCAGACUGUAACUGUUACUGUAUGCACACUCAGCACUGCAACCAUUUGAUAAACUUGAGGAAAAUUUCAUAUUGUGCCAGUGUAGGUUUGUCAGGUGUGCAAUGAAAUAGCUUGUAUUAUAUAUCGCUGAUAUCACUGCCUUCUGAGAAAAGCUUUUUUCUUGUUUUUCUUUUUUUUGUCACUAAGCGUGGACUCAACAGCUUGAACGCAUAACAGUGGAACAAAGCCAUGGAUUGUAUCUACAUGUUGAGAAGACAAAGGAAUCGUGCAUUGAACUGAACCAGCUGAGCAACAGAGUCUGUGUGAUUCAUGAUGGAAUGCUUAAUGCUUGGAUGGCAGAGGACUUCCUCUACAGCACAUGGCAUAUCACAACUGCAUUCGUUGAUGCUACUGUUUUACAUUUGAUGGCAUCGUUCCUUUGUCAAGCAAUAACAAUUUGAGUAAAACAAGCAAAAAAUUAUGAAGUGAAGUCAAGUAAGGUGGAUAUUUUGAUCAGAUUUGCUCACAUUAAACCUCUUACCCAGUUAAUGCUUUGGCUUUAACUCUGUAGCCUGGCUCAGGCAGACGCAUCCUACGUGUCUACCUGAGGCUGUCCUUCCAUUUUAUGGAGGCCUUGCAUAGUCGCCUGACCACUGGGGAGCAGUCCGGAGGUCAAGAACAUUCUCAGAAGGAGUCUCCACAGCGAGGCCCUCAGCCCAAGUCUCCCCCCCAGCCCUGUCAACAACAGCAAACCGGCUCUCCAAAGCCCCAUGGCACAUUACAGCAGCCCAAACAAUCCAGAAGACAGAAUCCAGAACGCAAACGUCUCAGACACCAGCGGCAGAGCAUUGACUCAGAUACAGCACCGGCGAAUAAACAGGAGGCAUCGACAGCAACGAAACCAACCACAGGUUUGAGUUUGACUCCAGAAAUCCCACCUUCCUCAGCAGGCGACCCUACCCAGUCUAAACCAGAAACCCAGGAAGGGACCCCAAAGCAGAAACGUGAGCGUAAGCCUCAGAGACCAGGGAAAUAUGUUUGCACUUACUGUGGCCGUGCAUGUGCCAAGCCUAGUGUUUUACAGAAACACAUUCGCUCCCACACGGGUGAAAGGCCCUAUCCCUGUGCCCCAUGCGGGUUCUCUUUUAAGACCAAGAGUAACCUAUACAAACACCGUAAAUCUCAUACCCACCGGGUGAAGGCAGGCCUGGCACUUGGGGAGUCGAAACCGGCAGCGGAACAAGCCACAGAGUCGGACGAGGAAACGAGACAGCUAUCAUCAGCUUCUUCUGUUUCAGAAAGACAAGACAGUGGAGCCUCAAUCAAGAGUGUUGAAACGGACAUGGCCAAAGAUUGCCCUGGAGGAAACAAUUACUCCUAUGCGGUGAAAAAAAGAUUGGCCCUGCGCCUAAGCAGAGGAAAACACACUCCUCAAGACUCAUCUGAUGAAAAGGCGUCAUCUUUAACUUUAGGUAGUAGAGGUAGUACAGAAUCUGGCUAUUUUUCUCGCUCUGAAAGUACAGAGCAGUCACAGGACAGCCCCCCCAACACAAGUGCCAAAAGCUAUGCUGAGAUCAUCCUUGGUAAAUAUGGACGCUUUGGACACCUACAGAGGAUGUCUCGUCAUCAAAACCAGCAUCCCCCUGGUGAGGAGGACAAAAGCAUCUCAUUCACGGUGCCCAAGAAACAGGUCAUCGACCAUAUAACCAAACUUAUCACCAUCAACGAGGCAGUGGUGGAUACCAGUAAAAUUGACAGUGUAAAACCAAGGAGAUUCUCACUCUCCAGAAAGAACAGUUCUGAGUCUCAGAAGAGUUCAACUGUGAAAGAACCGCUCAUUCAUAGCCCCAAGGUUGGCGAUGUGGGCUAUAAAAGCAGCGGCUCUAUCACUAUGGGAGUUCCAUGUGAAAAAUUUCAUCACCCACCCUCAAAUAUGGAGCAGCCAGCUAGCCAAACGUCCACCACCCCGCUGGUGCGAAGUCAUUCAAUGCCACCUGAAGCCAGUUUAUUUGAGACCACCAGUGGCGGCCAAAGCAAAUGUCGCCUAAGUCAGUCCUUUGACGAACGACAGCCUUCACGUCGUUAUGGGAUGCUAAGACGACAGCCAGCAAUUGAAAUUCCACUUGGUACAGAACUUACAAAAGAGGAACACGAGGAUUCUCUUUCAUUUUACUCUGACAGCUUAACCACUGUGCCUGAUUGUAAGCAAAGUCAACCACAGCCAUAUGAGUGUGAGGCCUGUGGCACAGGAUGCAAAGAUUGGGUAGGUUAUAAAAAACACAAGCAGAGCCUGUGCCUAUCACAUCAACCCAUCAAUGAAGUGGUAAUUAGUCAAAUGGAGUGUUCACAAGUAAAGAACAGUGCAGUCAGGGCAGGCGCUUCAGUAAUGCGCAAGAGAAGGAAAGAGGAGAGUUUUGAAUUUGAUGACCCCUCUUCUCCUUCAUUACCUUGUUCUUCCCUGUCUUCAGGCCAGUGCAAAGAUGAAAGCAGUGCAGCUUAUGAGGGCCAGAGGAAGCCUGCAUUGCAAACUUGUUCAGUAAUUCAGCAUACUAGUUCCUUUGAAAAACAAGAAUCCUUGAGUAAUGAGAGUCCAGGUGCAGAGGCAACAAAGCACUCUCCACCUCAUGAAGAUCAUCAGCUGUUGCCUCAAAAACAACCUCAACAACAUGUACCAAAACUAGCAGCCCGAAAGCUGGUCCGCCAACACAAUGUGCAGGUUCCAGAGAUCCUGGUGACAAAGGAUCCCAACAUGAGUAAAGACACUUCAGCCGAACCUACCACCACAGCAAAACAUCAAGAGAAACUAGAUGAAUUUCAGUGGCCGCAGAGAAGCCCCUCUCUGGCACAGCUCCCUAUUGAAAAGCUUCCUCCAAAGAAGAAGCGGUUACGAUUAGCUGAAGCUGCCCAGUCAUCAGGAGAAUCUAGUUUUGACUCUCUGUCCCUGCCCCGCAGCCCUAGUCAGGAUAGUAGUGCAUCAUAUGCAUCCAGUCGCUCCACGUCCUUUGAAGAGUCAAACAGACAGGACAUGGACGUUGCAACAUCAACGCCACUAAGGAGAUCAAGAGCUCUUCAUAUGCUGACGGUGCCGGGGGUGCAUCAGCACAGAGAGAUGAGGCGCUCAGCAUCUGAACAGGCCCCUCACGACCCACAACCGAGUGUCCUCAUGGCUGAGACCCGCAGUAAGUCUUUUGACUACAGCUCUCUGUCCCCUGAGCGCUCUGCAGUUGGGUGGAGAGAAAGAAGAAAAUGUCUAUUAAUGAGACACACUGCUAUCAGUGAUCCAGAUGAGGAGGAGGAGUGUACGAUCCUGAGCCGUGGUCCUGAAUAUCUCAACCCAAGCAGAUCUUCUCAAGCAAAAAGCCCAACUUCUGUACACUGCAGCAGGCCCUCUUCUUCUUCUCUAUCAGGGGACACUGUUUUACAAAAUCCAGUGGAAUUGCAGUGCAAAGAUAUCUUUUCUCAGUGGAAACUUACUCAAAAUAUUCAGUUGAUUGGGAGCACAGAACUGUCCCUUCCUCAUGACCCAUCUACAACUGUAAAAGAGGAGACCUAUACAGAGAAGGCCCUUGCUCCUGCACCACAGCAAUAUCAUACGCACGGACCAUCAGGGGCUGCCAGAGCCCGCUAUCUCCCCAUGUCUACAGGGCUGAAACUAGAGAUUCCUCCACAAGAUGAUGACUACUCAGUAAGUCGCUCCCAUGUUCGGCAGUCUGCCCCUAACAUCAGUUCCAAUCUAGAAAUAUUGAGGCCAGUCACAGAUCCAGCAGUUGCAGUGCGCCUCCAAACAGACACACACACCCCUGCAUGUGCCAUAUACACCACAUUGUCUCAGUCCACCUCCCCUAGGCCCCAGGAGGCAGUUAGUGCUGUCCCACAAAGUGCAGGUGUUUCAACAGCUGAACAAAGACCCCACAGGGACAUGAGUCCAGAUCUUCAACCGUGGUCUGAUGAUAGCCUCAGGUUAUCAGGCUCAGGGGGCAAUAAACGGAUGCUUUCCCCCUCAAACAGCAUGGAGCUGCCUCCAGAGUCACAGCAGCAGCAGAAAAGAGUAAAAGAAGAAGAGGAGAGGGAGAUGGGUUGUUCUGACAAAGCAACAGUUGAGACUUGCAAGCACAAGCUCAAACAGGAGUCAUGUUUACCUGCUAUUUGCUCUCCCGUCUCGCAUGUUGGGCCUUCAUUCCCCAGUCUGCUGUCCAGCACCUGUAACAGCUGGUGCUAUUUAAACUACAUUAAACCAAACCCUUCUGCUCUGGAUGAACAGAAGCCCUCAGUGUAUUCGUCGUGGUCUACUAGUGGCUAUGACCCCAAUCCACCUGGCCUCUCCAGCAAGACAGUUCUCUCUCUGCUUCACUGCAAGCAGAGGCUCAGUCCAUCCAUAUAUACACUAUCCCCCAUGUCCGUGCAGGCAGCAGAGUCAGUGGAGCAAGAGGACGACAAAAGACCCUCCUCCACAGAGGUCUGCAAAAAGCAGUCAUGCUACAGAGACUACGAGGGAACAAAGAAAGGACAUACAUCAGUGGAUGACAACAAGUCAAACAGAAAGGAGGAGAAGGAGGAAGAGAAGGAGGACGAGGCAGAGGAGGAAAAGGUCCAGUCAUGCUCCAGAAAUGAAGUUUGGGUCUCUGAGAGGGGAUCAAAUAAGAGGUAUGAUGACGCACGUGGUGGAGUUGGAGAAAAGUGCCAGUGUGACGAUACUACAGUAAUCACCAAGGAAUCACCAUCAUUUAACUACAGUUUCUGUGAAACCGCAUUCAAAGCUACAGGGAGUCUUACUGAACACCUGAUAUCUAAGGGACAUGGAAAGGAAACCUGCUCUUAUCCAGGGAACACACAUGAAGUCUGCAAAAUCUCAUCAUGUCAGCCAAAUCAACAAAAAGGUCAUCAGUGCUCUGAUGCUGGGAAAAGUGGAGAUCAAGGGGAUCCAAACACCGAGGACAAGUAUGACGGGCAUAACAAAGACAGCCGGUCAACAGCGGCUGAAGGCUCUGACACUAACAGAGAGAAGGUUCAUCCAGCACAUCAGCUGGGGGAGUCUGAAGGCAGCUCAUCCUUUCCGAUUACCUCCAGGGAUUCCAGCCAGAAAAGCUCAGCCAGUGCCAGAAGGGCGUUGUUUGCCCGCAGACGCCUCGACGCUUCAACGUUAGCAUCCUCUGGAGGUCCUCAUUCACCAUGUAGUCAAAUCCUGACUCCACAAAUCGAGCUUUCUCCAUCUCGCAACCCAUCACCCAGGCCUUGCCAGUCCCCUGCUCCUCCUUCAUCCCUCUCCCCAUCCAGUUGUCAUGUCUCCACUGCCUCACAGAGACCAAUCUCCCCUGUUAGAGGCCUCUCUCCUAUAAUAGUGCAGUCUCAGGGGUCGCAUUCCUAUGGGUUUCUGGGCUCCCUGGCUGACACCUCUGCUCACUGUCAAGCCCAUAUUCAUCCAAGGGAACAAGCAUCUACGGCAAGGCUGUGUGUAGAUGAGGUUGGUCUGACCCACAUCCCCUCGCAUUCCAUGCGUCCUCGUGGAGCCCACAACCUCCUGAGUCACCUUCCUCUGCACUCGCAGCAGCCAAGCAGAGCCCCAAACAUGCUGAUUCCAAUUGGGGGGAUUCACAUGAUUCCACCCAGGUCCCCCCUGCAAAUGUACAGCUUCCUGAGCAGCACGACUGCUAACACCUCAGGGGCAUCCAUGAGACUGAGCGAGGCUCCAAAGGGAAGGCUCGCUCUGCCACAUCACCAGGACGUUCUUAAAGAGAUGCCGCUGAGCAGCCAAGCCAGCCUACCGAACCCUGAGGCGACAGGACAAAUGCCUGCAGGUGUCGUACCCAACAAAAAAAAUCAAGGAUCCUUCACCAUCCAGCAGCCGUCGAGUCCCAGAACAGAGACGAGACACCUGGAGGUGAGCGCAGAUGCACCUGUUAGAGAAAGAUGUGUUUACCCUGAGAACUCUCAAGGCCAAAAAAAGGCUCCUUCCUCCCAGACACAACUCUGAUAGGAGGCAGAGUCUGAAGGGACAGUGCAAAAAGACUAAGACCAGCCUGUGGCCAGAAAUCACCACACGCUUGUUUUGAGUCUGACGACAAAACGCAAAAGCACUUGAGCACCGCUUCUGAAUGACGCUGUUAUGUAAUUAUAUUAUUAAUAUAUAUGGACACUAUGUUAGAUAUGCAGUAUGUUUUGUAAAUCUUUUUUACCCUUCUUUGAUGUCAUUGGUGUUUAUUUAUUUCUGUGCUAAUAUGCAAAUUCUGUACUAUAUGCAAAAGCAGCUGGAAUGAAAAUAGACAAAGUUUAAAUCAGUUUCCCUAUUAACCCUGUUGACAGCUAAUAUACUAUUGCUGUGUUUAUGUACUGUAUUACCAAAAUGGAUAUAAAAAGGUAUCGCAAAUAUUUAUUCACCCAACCAGUAUUUUGAAGUGCAAUUUUAUGUCAAGAUUGUGGUUUAAUAUGUCAUUCUUAAAAGCUGUGAUUAUUAUUAUUAUCAUUAUUAUAAUAAUUAUUAUUAUUAGUCUGAUUUUUGUUGUUAUUGUUGUUAUUUUUGUUUUUAAAGAAGCAAGCUCACGAUUAGCUCCUUUUCUGAAAUCUCCAGGAAAAGAAGUUUCAGAUCCUUUUCGAGUGCACUGACAAAUGAUUUGAUAUCCAGUGGAGACCUGUUUCACGUACACGGUAGCUACGGUGCAGUUUUCUUUCAUAAAUAGAUACAUGUAUUGUUGUGUUGUUGCUUUUUCUACAUAAUACAAUCACUGUCAUUUUCAUGUUUACCAUUAAACUUCUCAUUUUUACAGAUUUCUAUUAAAACUUUUG